AUGAAAGCUUCUUCUAUAGGCAAAUAUAAUUUGUUGCUGCUGUUAUUAAUUUUUUAUAAAGCAAAUUUAUUUAUUACUUUAUUCAGCUGGUCAAAAAUUGGUUAGCUAUUUAUUUAUAUUUAAUAAUAAUUAAUCAGAUUAUUAGGUUAAUGCAUUUUACUUUAGUUUUUUAGUCUUUACAUCUUCUUAAUAAUCUUUGAAACCAGAUUCUUUCAGUACAACACUAAUUAAAAAAUGCUCAUUUAAAUUCAAGGAGAACUUUAUUAUAAGCCAGUAGUCUUGCUCUUGUAUGCUUAGAAACAAUUUAAAUAAUCUAGAUCUUGUUAAAAUUUAUAAUUAAAUAUCAAUCAAAUAAAAAAAUAACUAAGAAUUCUCCAUAACUAAAAAAAUUAAAUAAACUACUUAACAACACAGUUUAUAAUCUAAAUAAAAAAUUUAAUAAACAAAUUCAACUUUACUGAGAUGAACAUGAUUGAAUCUGCAUAUAUCGAGAGCUGCGAAGAAGAAACUUUCUCUAGUUCUUUGUCAAUGAGGGAACCAGAAUCUGCUAUGGACAUUUCCUAAUGCAUGAGCGAGUUUAGCAAUAUGAAUCAAGACCAAAUAGUCCUUGAGUACUCUAAAUGCAACAAGUCUAAUGCCAUCAAAAAUAUCCUUUACUAAUUCUAAGACUUCAUCUAGAGCAGUGGUGAUUAAAUUGUGAUUGAAUCUAUCUCUGAAUAACAAGGCGAAAGGACUAUUGCUCAAGUCAGAAAGGAGUUUCAUAACUUUUCCAAGAAGAAGAAACUCAAUUAAUCCUUUUUGGUUUCCGUCCUUAAAAGUAAAAGAUUCUCAAUCCACUUCGAAUAUUUCCUAAAGUACUACACAAUGGACUGGAUCCUCAACGGAAAUAUAAAAAAUGUAAAACACCACCUUUUAUGCAUAGUAUUUCUAUAGAAGUGUUUUGAAGAUACAGCCUUAAUAGAGAAAAUAAUUAAAUAUAAGAAGAGAAAUUGA